UCAUCACAACCUCUCUUCACAAAAACUAUCGCCAGAUCUCCCCGAACUUUGACCAAAUUAGGGUUUUCCCAUAGACCAAAAAUAUAAUAAUGUCUGGGUUGAAGAGAGUUUUUAACGAGAUUAAGGGAAUGAAAGUGAAGGAAUUGCCGGAUUACGUGAAGCCAAUGCUCUCGGUGCAGUACGUGAAGUCGGCCUUUCAACGAGGUUUGGACAACUACCACGCCAAGUACAUUGAGACGAGCUCCAUCGAUCCUCUCUACCAUGUCUGUUUCGGUGGGAUGCUCUUGUCGUACCUUAUCGCUCUCCCGGAGGAGCGCCGCCAUCUUGAGCACCAGCAGCACGCCAAGGAGCACGGUCACUGAAACGCUAG